AUGGACGCCGAACACAGCGACUCAACGACCAAGGACGUCAAAAUGUCCGACAGUGUCGACACAUCUCGGAACAACAGCGCAGUACACUCGGAGAGUCACAAGUCAGAAGUCAGUUGGCGCUCAGUGUCGGCAUUGUGCGGCAGCGCAUUGGCGUAUUUCAUCACUGUCGGCUUCAUCAACGCAUAUGGCGUCUUCCAGCAGUACUACACCGCCCACUAUCUGCCAACAUACAGCAACUUCCAGAUCUCAUGGAUAGGUGCAUUCGCCAACUUCAUGGUCUUCGCAUGCGCAGUUCCCGCAGGAAUUCUCGCAGAUCGAUUCGGGCCGACGAUUCCAAUCCUCAUCGGAUGUAUUCUCGAAGCCGUGGCCAUCUUCAUGAUUUCGCUCUGUCGGGAGUACUACCAAUUCUUCCUUGCACAAGCCGUCCUCCUCGGCGUUGGAAUGUCAUUCAUUGCAAUCCCAACAUCAACGAUCGUACCAUUGUACUUCGAGCGCAACCGAGGUCUGGCACAAGGUCUCUCAAUAGCCGGAUCGAGUCUGGGUGGCAUCGUUUGGCCUAUCACCUUGGACCAGAUGCUCAAUAAAGAUAACUUGUCCUUCGGCUGGACGAUGCGAAUUAUCGGAUUCGUUUUGCUUCCUUUGAUGGCAAUUGUCCUGCUCACUGUGCGCAAGCCGAUUUCAACCAAGACCGAAACGGAUCCUGUCGACGCCGCCGCCGAACAAGAGAAAGGAGAAGCCGAUACGACCAAGAAAGCCAAGAAAGAUCUCACCCCUCUCAAACAACCACCCUUCAUCCUCCUCUGCAUCGGCCUCGCAAUCGCCUACUUUGGCUUCUUCACCCCUCUCUACUACAUCCCAGUCUACGCCGCCACCUCGCUCCGCAAAUCGGAGGAUUUCGCCUUCCACCUCGUUUCCAUCCUCAAUGCAGCUUCGAUGUGUGGUCGAGUCAUCCCCGGGUUCCUCGCAGAUCACUAUCUCGGUCACUUCAACACUCUCGCCAUAUCUGCGACCAUCUCGGGAGUUGUGACGUUCUGCUGGACCACGGCGACAAGUUCUGCGGGACUUGUAGUUUGGGUAGUCGCGUAUGGGUUUACGUCCGGGGCAAUUUUGAGCUUACAGUUGGCUUGUGCGACGGUUUUGACGACGGAGAGGCCGGAGUUGAGGGGGACUGCGGUUGGGUUGACGUUGGCGAGUGUCAGUCUUACGGGACUGUUUGGGCCGCCGAUUGCGGGAGAGUUGGUCGAGAGGGGAUACUUUGCGCUGGCAGCUUUCGCGGGUGCGGCCUUGCUAGCUGGUGGAGUGUCGUUGGGUAUGGCGAGGUGGACGAAGAAGGCUGGGCUGUGGGUGAAGGUCUGA